UUCACUUCCGAGUCUUCGCCCUGAACCACGAGCUGCACCCCACGGCCGAGUCCAUCACCAUCACCGUCCUGAACAACCGGGGGCUGCAGGUGCGGAAGGUGGAACGGUUCCCGCAGAACUGGGUCAUCACGGACCAGCUCUCGAUCCCCGACAUCUCCGAGCCCGGGACCUGGCGCAUCACGGCGCGAUUCUCCAACGCCCUUGAGUCCAACACCAGCACUGAGUUCGAGGUGAAGAAAUACGUGCUCCCCAAUUUCGAGGUGAAGAUCGUCCCCGAACGGACCCACAUGCUGGUGACGGGACAGGGGGGCCCCGAUUUGCGCAUUGACCUGCAGGUCAGGUUCGUCUAUGGGAAGGGGGUGAACGGCGUCGCCUACCUGAGGUUUGGGGUGAGCGACGAGGACGGGGAGAAAACCUUCCUCAGGGGCCUGGAGCAACAGGUCACGGUGAACGAGGGAGCAGCGAAAGUGAUCCUAAACCGCAGCCUCCUAGCGGAGAAAUUGGGACGCCCCCUGCAGGACCUGGCAGGGACCAACCUCUACAUCGCGGUGACUUUCAUAGAGACCGCCAGUGGGGAGCUGGAGGAGCAGGAGCUGAGCACUGUCAAGUUCGUGACGUCUCCCUACAACGUGGACCUGUCGCAAACCAAACGGCACUUCAUCCCCGGAGCGCCCUUCCUCGUGCUGGCCCGUGUCACCUUGGCCGACGGCUCCCCAGCCCCUCGCACCCCCGUGUGGGUCUCAGCCGAGGUGUCGGGGGGCCCAUCCCACCCCGAGAGACGGGUGGUGGCGGACGAGAGCGGGGUGGUGAUGUUCCCCCUCAACCUGGACUCCAGAGUCAGCGCCCUCACCCUGAAGGUACAGCCCCUGGGGGAGCGGGAUGGAUGGGGGCUGUCUGGGAGGGAUGGGGAGGG